GAUAACAAAAGACGUCAGGGGAUGCAUGUGAUGGUACUUAAACUGAAGGUUUGCUCCUCAAAUCCUAUCAAAAAGUAUUUUGAAUGAUUGAAGGGAAUGUGACGCAUGAAUUGCCCAAUUUGCCCCUAACAAAGGUGCUAAACAAGAUAGUAUUUACAUUACAAUACACAAUGGACAGGGCUGGGCUUAUCAGUUACUCCCUUCACGAGAAAAGGCCUAGUAAAUUUGCAAAAUCGUUGGUUUGAGCUACAGUACUUGGAAAGCAAGCCAAUAAAAAUACUUCCUAAGACACUUUAAAGUGAAAAGAAUUAUGGAAAAAUCGUUAAGGAUUCGUUCGGAUUGGAAUCUUGGCUCAGUCAGCGGUUAACUGUCGGAGUAUACCUUUCGGCUGUGACCAGAGGACCUCUUGUCUCUUUUCUGGUCAUUCCCAAAAGUAGAAAUGUUGCACUUUAGUUGUAGCUUCGGUGACUUGAGUCGCCUACAGGAUCUAACCGUCGUGCAGGUCGAAACGAAAAGGAUGAUCGUUUGUAGAAAACGCAUGGCCUCACAGCUGCAGGUGUUCUCUCCUCCAUCAGUAUCUUCGAGUGCCUUCUGCAGUGCCAAGAAACUGAAAAUAGAGCCCUCUAGCUGGGAUGUUUCAGGACCAAGUAACAGUGACGAGUAUUAUAGUCACAGCAAAAAUCUCUCAGCUGCUCAAGGGCCAGCAAGCUCCUCUCACCAGGUAGCAAACUUCAGCAUCCCUGCAUAUGACCAGAGCCUCCUUCUCCCAGCUCCUUCAGUUGAGCAUAUUGUGGUUACAGCAGCAGACAGCACUGGCAGUGGUGGAACAACCUCCUUCCAAAAUAGCCAGGCCCUAACACACAGGGCUAACAUUGCAUUGCUGGAACCUUAUCAAAAAUGUGGAUUAAAAAGGAAAAGUGAGGAGGUUGACAGCAACGGUAGCGUGCAAAUAAUUGAGGAACAUCCACCUCUCAUGCUGCAAAACAGACCUGCGGUGGGUGCUGCGGCCACAACCACCGCUGUAACAACUAAAACCAGUAGUUCUAGUGGCGAAGGAGAUUACCAGCUGGUUCAACAUGAAAUCCUUUGUUCCAUGACAAACAGCUAUGAAGUCCUGGAGUUUUUGGGCCGAGGGACCUUUGGGCAGGUGGCAAAAUGUUGGAAGCGCAGCACAAAGGAAAUUGUAGCUAUCAAAAUCUUGAAAAACCAUCCUUCUUAUGCCAGGCAGGGACAGAUUGAAGUGAGCAUCCUCUCCCGGCUUAGCAGUGAAAAUGCUGAUGAAUACAACUUUGUCCGCUCUUAUGAGUGCUUUCAACACAAAAAUCACACAUGUCUGGUGUUUGAGAUGCUGGAGCAGAACUUGUAUGACUUUUUAAAACAAAAUAAAUUUAGCCCCCUGCCUCUGAAAUACAUUCGGCCAAUUUUGCAGCAGGUGGCCACUGCCUUGAUGAAACUGAAAAGUUUGGGUCUAAUACAUGCUGACCUGAAGCCUGAAAACAUCAUGCUGGUUGAUCCUGUGCGACAGCCAUACAGGGUGAAGGUCAUAGAUUUUGGCUCUGCUAGUCAUGUGUCAAAAGCUGUGUGCUCUACUUAUUUGCAGUCACGCUAUUAUAGAGCCCCUGAAAUCAUUCUGGGUUUGCCAUUUUGUGAAGCUAUUGAUAUGUGGUCACUGGGCUGUGUGAUAGCUGAACUGUUUCUUGGAUGGCCUUUGUAUCCAGGAGCUUCAGAAUAUGAUCAGAUACGUUACAUUUCACAAACUCAAGGACUUCCAGCUGAGUAUCUUCUAAGUGCAGGAACGAAAACGAGCAGGUUUUUUAACAGAGAUCCAAACUUGGGAUAUCCACUAUGGAGGCUGAAGACACCAGAAGAACAUGAGUUGGAAACAGGAAUAAAAUCAAAGGAGGCUCGGAAAUAUAUUUUUAACUGUUUGGAUGAUAUGGCUCAGGUGAAUAUGUCGACAGACUUGGAGGGAACAGACAUGUUGGCAGAGAAGGCUGACCGAAGAGAAUACAUUGAUUUGUUGAAGAAAAUGUUGACAAUUGAUGCAGAUAAGAGGAUUACUCCACUGAAGACGCUGAACCAUCCGUUUGUGACAAUGAACCAUCUACUGGAUUUCCCACACAGCAACCAUGUGAAAUCCUGCUUCCAGAACAUGGAGAUUUGCAAGCGAAGAGUUAAUAUGUAUGACACAGUUAAUCAGAUAAAGAGCCCAUUCACAACACAUGUCGCACCAAACACAAGCACAAACCUCACCAUGAGUUUCAACAACCAGCUCAAUACUGUGCACCAUCAGGCUAGUGUUUUGGCUUCUAAUUCUUCAGCUGCUGCAACUUUGUCUCUGGCAAAUUCAGAUGUUUCAUUGUUGAAUUAUCAGUCUGCUUUGUACCCAUCAUCUGCAGCACCAGUUGCUGGUGUGGCUCAGCAAAGUGUUUCCCUUCAACCUGGAACCACACAGAUCUGCACCCAGGCAGACCCAUUUCAGCAAACCUUCAUUGUAUGUCCUCCUGCUUUUCAAACUGGUCUUCAGGCAACCACAAAGCACUCUGGUUUUCCUGUAAGAAUGGACAAUGCUGUUCCACUUGUGCCACAGGCACCAGCAGCUCAGCCAUUACAGAUACAGUCAGGAGUUCUUACGCAGGGAAGCUGUACACCACUAAUGGUAGCAACUCUUCAUCCUCAAGUAGCCACCAUCACGCCGCAGUAUGCGGUACCCUUUACUCUGAACUGCGCAGCCGGCCGGCCAGCGCUAGUAGAACAGACGGCUGCAGUACUGGCCUGGCCUGGAGGUACGCAGCAAAUUCUGUUGCCUUCCACAUGGCAACAGCUUCCAGGGGUUGCACUGCACAAUUCUGUCCAGCCUACAGCUGUGAUUCCAGAGACAAUUGGAAGCAACCAGCAGUUGGCUGACUGGAGAAAUGCCCAUUCACAUGGAAAUCAAUACAGCACGAUCAUGCAGCAACCAUCUUUGCUGACCAAUCAUGUGACUCUGGCUACAACCCAGCCUUUGAAUGUUGGAGUGGCUCAUGUUGUGAGGCAGCAGCAAAGUAAUGUUGUGCCGGCAAAGAAAAACAAACAGCCAUCCCAUAGUGCCACAAAGCCUGCGUCUACAUUAGAGGCCAUUCCAUCUCAAGUUUACUCUCUAAUUGGGAGCAGCCCCCUGCGUGCCACAUCUUCUUCCAAUGCUGUGGUUUCAGGACAAGAUCAGCACCAGCCUAUUGUUAUUCCAGACACUCCCAGCCCACCAGUCAGUGUAAUUACCAUCCGCAGUGACACUGAUGAAGAGGAAGACAACAAAUAUAAGCCUGGAAGCUUGGGCAUGAAACAAAGAUCCAAUGUUAUCAGCUAUGUUACAGUUAAUGACUCCCCUGAUUCAGAUUCCUCAUUGAACAGCCCUUAUGCAGCAGAUACACUGUCCACACUCAGAAGUUCUGGAGGUGCACUGGAGCCAAGCAGAGGGGCAGCUGAAAAUUCCAACUCCCGUACCAUUAUUGUGCCUCUGAAAACACAGCUCAAUGACUGUAUUGUAGCCACGCAGGCCUCAGGUGUUUUAAGUAGCUUGAGCAAAACUAAGCCAGUCGCAUCCGUAAGUGGGCAAACAUCAGGGUGCUGUAUUACGCCAACAGGAUACCGACAGCACCGGGUGGUGACGAAUGGUGUACAGCCUCUUAAUCUUAGCCAGAACCAGCAGGCAACAGUAUUGGCCUCGCAGGAGAGAAGUGGCAACCCAGCCCCACGCAGACAGCAGGCCUACGUCGCUCCCCUGCCAACAACAAUCGCUCAGGCUCCCUAUACGUUCCAGCAUAGCAGCCCAGUACAUCCGCAUUUGGCAGCAGCACCGGCAAGCCAGCCUCACAUGUAUACCUACGCACCCACUACAGCUGCUACAUUGGGCUCCACCAACUCCAUUGCUCAUCUCUUUUCCCCUCAGGGCUCUUCCAGGCACACCACAUACACCACCCAUCCAAGCACUCUUGUGCACCAGGUCCCGGUGAGUGUGGGACCCAGCUUGCUAACCUCUGCCAACGUAGCACCUGCUCAGUAUCAGCAUCAGUUUGCCACCCAGUCAUACAUUGGUGCUUCCAGAGGAUCUGCUAUUUACACUGGAUACCCCCUGAGUCCUACAAAGAUUAAUCAGUACUCUUACUUAUAGCUCUUGGGGAGGGGCCUGACAGUAAUCAUCCCAACCUGUUCAUAAAAAUGAAGCUAUCUGCAGUAGGUUUGGCAAUAUUCUAACAGCUCCACCACAAGAACCUCCUCUAAAAUCAAAGGAUGAAGAUGGUGCGGGACCAGCAUCUUGAUGACACUUUUGUUCAUGUUCUCUAGAGUCUGGUUGUAGUAUUGGUGGAGCCCUGCUGUUUGGGGGAACUUCAGGUAAUAACUGGGCAGAAUCUUUUGGAUCACACAUUAAGAUUUUACCAUUAAUUUUUAUGGAUGCUUUAAAAACAACAACUAAGGCCUGAACCCCAUUUAUUUAAAGCUAUUGUUACGUUAAUCAAAGUGGUGGAGGAGAAAAUCAAGGAUUUUUUGAAAUGGCUUUGUGUUUUUUUAAAAAGAAAAAUUCUUAUACUUACCUAGUACUUGUUUAAAUUAUUUUAGCAGCUUGCACAAAUCCAUAUUGCCACUAAAAUGCACAUUUAACUCUAGGUUGCUAGGUCAAAUUUAUGAACUUGAGUUAGUAUUUUAAUUAAAAUUUUAAAUUCACAUUUUUUGAUAGGUAGUAGCUGAAUUCUGCAAAAGCAGUCUCCCCCGCUCCCAAGUGUGUUUGUAUGUGUACAUAUAGAUAUAUAUAUAUCGCUCACCAGUUUCUUGGUUUUAAUACUUUCUGUUUUAAGGUUAGCAUAGCAAUGUUUGUGUUCCCAUUUAAAUCAUUUUUCUUGUAAAGUAUGACUCUUAAAUGCUUUUUUAAAAAAUUGCAAAAGCAUAUGAAUUUGCUUUCUGCUGUGAUCACAGUUUGUGAUAUGGUUUUUUUGCCCAGAAAGCUUUUGUUGUUGCUGGAAAUGCACAGGCCCACAUCAUUCUUUGAAAAGAGAAACAAUAGGGAAUUUCUUCUGAUGAGGCCUCACUGAUAUGAACAGGAGGUAAUGCAGCAGUUGCUUGUUUCCAUAGAUUUGUUCAGGCCUUUAGCUUAUAUAUUUUCCCGUUUUAAUUUUUACAAUAUUUGGAGCUGGAUUCCUCUCCAAAAAUGCAGGGACCUCUUUCCCAUCGUGUUUUCCUUUUGUGGUCUAUUUAGGUAAGAAUGGAAUCCAAAAUCUGCCAAAACAUCAACCUACUGAUAUGUAUAACUUUUUAUACUCCUGCAAGCAGAUCCCUCUCGGGGCUGGCUGGCAGAAAACUUCAAAGCGCUCUUAUUAAGACUUGUAUACAGUAAGUGCAUGUAGGAAUUGCAAAAACAUGACACACAAUUGCCGAUUUUAAAGGUUUAUUACUGAAUUUAAAACUAUUUUAGAAGUUUUGUAAUGGUGAUGUUUUAAUAUUUUACAGAAAAUGAAAUAUGUACAUAUUGAUUAGAACAAAAUAUAACAAGCAAAAUUUCCUGCAAAUCCUGAAUGUUCUGUCUUUGUAAUCAAAAUGUGUAGUGAUUAUACUUGAACUCUGUACUUCGUGUUUGUCUAACUCUUAAAUGUUUCUGGGGAUGAAAUUGAUCUGUUCCUUUUGUAUUUAAACCAAAAUGAGUUGAUACAUGUCGGAAUGUAUGUGAAAUAAUGCAAUCGUUUAGAGCUCAUCACUGUAGCACUGAGAAAGAAAAGAAAUGGAGCAGCAUGAGAGACAAGGAUACCUUCUGAUUUGUUUUGCACAGGUAUGUGUGACUGAUGUGUUCCCCCACCCCCCAACCCAUAUUGUAGUGCCUUAAAUGAUUAUGUAGUGUGACUAGAGUUUACAGUGAGCUUGCCUUAUGAUGGACCAGCAAGCCCUUCCGUUCUCCGUCAGACUGAAGUGAUUUGUUGAACAUAUCCAAUUGAGGAUAGAAAUAAGUGGCAAAAAUUAUGUUGCUUUGUUUCAGUGCAAAUGCAAAAGGAGCUAGGUACAUGAUCCACCCAAAGCUGGGUACUUUUUAAGUCCUAUUGCUUUCAGCUAAAAAAGUUCAGGAUGUGCGUAACUUGCUCCCACUGAAACUGGUGGCUCACUUCAGACAUCAAGCCAACCCCCUGGGUUGAUCUAACCAUAGCUUAAACCCAGACUGUGGGUUCUGUUUUCAAGUAUGCCAUAGCUAAACCAUGAUCUAAAGCUACUUUUUCUCUAUCCCCUAAGCACUCGUGCUGGUGUGUCUGUGAGUUCCUUCCUGUGUGGUGCAACCAUCUUAGGAGGCUGUAGUUUUGUCAGUUGAGAUGACAUGGCAAACCACAGUGGUCAGAAUCUGUGGCUGCCAUUGCCAAAACUCUUCAAAUCAUGGCUUCUGAUUCUCUGCUUUGCUGAUUAUUUAUAGCCCAUGGUUUGAAAAUUCAGACAUCACACUUACGUUAGGUAAUCUUCCUUUAACUAUGGUUUGGUAUGAUGUCUGAAUUGGGCCUCUGAGACCGGAAAGUACUUCAUCUUAGCUGGAUUAUAUCCUAGAUGUUUUAUUUAGAGUAAGUUUUUCUUGAAAUGUUAUCUACACUGUUGACUGUUGAUGUAUCUUUAAUAGGCUGUUGUGCUGGGAAUGCAUUGGGAAAUUUAUCUGAUGUUGCAGAGGUGAUUAAGCACGUGCAAUUACUUUUCCUUAGAUAAAUUGUAACAUUAUCUUCCCCCUUUGUGUGUAGCAGAUGUUGUUUGUAAAAUAUUACUAGCCUGGUGUUAAGAACUUUUUUUUUUACCAAAGAGAGCCUGCUGGAAAGCACAUAAUAUUCUGAAAUCUUGUUUAACACCACUAGUAAAGCAGUGCUUUUCCAAAGGUUGGAGAGCUAUAGCACUUCGUGUCAUGAGGAAAUGCACACUUGAACUGGCCUGCUGGAGGUGUGCUUUUAAAUCACAACUUGAUUUGCUGGGUUCUGUCAAACUACUGUUUGUUUCACCAGUGCCAUUAUGCAGCAAAUGAUCUUGGCCAAUAGAAAAUAAACUGGCUUGGAGAGUGGUAUUGCUACAGCAAUAAAAGGCUUUAACAGCCUUGAAAUCCCAGUUUGUAUUCCGUCCAGUCUGGACCAUAAGGUUAGUUUUUGUACAUUGCAAAGUACUCAGAAAUGUCAAACUUACUUCUGAAACUGGUAUGCUAUAGAUUACCCACAUGUGAACAGAUUGUAAUAUAGGGCAAUAACCCGGACCACACUAGUCAGGACAAGGUUUUCACUAAAUAUUUUGGGUGAGGGCAAGAUUUUAGUGUUGGUAAAGAAAUUUAUCCCAAAUAGGACUAAGUAGUAUGUGGACCAUAAACCGUAUGUGUUCCUUUCAAAAUGAGGGAUCUGUUAUCUUUGGCAAUAGAGGAGAGUAGUUGGUUAACAUCAUGACAAGCCGUGAGCCUUGGUUUACCGUAAAGUUUCUCUGUUUUAAUCUUUCCCCUUCUAUAUUAAUUGAUGUGAAGAGAACCAAGAAAUCUUGGUUCUUUAUAUCGUUGUCAACAGUGCUUUCUGUUGCUGCAAGAUUAUCACAUUGGUUUUCUGCUUAGUGCCAAGCCCAUUGUUAAUUUUUCUUUUCCAUAUUCUGUGGCCUGCAUGCCAGUCCACCCCACACAAGCCUGGGAAUGUUUUCAGCCAGUUUCAAAACUAGUGGGCAUUUCCAGUAUAGACAAACUUCCAAUAAACCUAUUGGGAUAAAAGAAAUGUAUAAUACUGGUUUUAAAAAAUGUUCAAAGCAGCAAGUCCCUAUUGCUAUUUUGAGCUUCCCAAAACAUGUCUACUGAGCUAAGAGUUCCUCAGUAACACAGGAAGUAUUUAUUCCGAAAUGGACACAGCUUUCUUUAUUUAGAAUGUAAUUAGAGCUUAUCAGUAUUAAGUGAUACAAAUCAUUUCCCAAAGAAAUUCCUUUAAGGUCUUGAUUUUGGCCUUUGUAAUAUUUUGCUGCAAAGAUCAGAUUGCUUUGUGGCUCUGGAAUCAGCCAAGCAUCUACAAUAGUUCAGCUCUACUAAAGCCUCAUUUUUACAAAAAGCAGAUGAUGUGGCAACUGUUACCUGGACAAGAGAUGAUGAAGUGUUGUGUCAUCAAAAAAAGUAAGCCAUUGUCUAACAUGUCAAGCUGGUUUAAGAACUUGGAAUAUAGUUUCCUGUGUGUAUGUUUUUUUUUUAAAAAAAAUAGCAGGAUGUUGUCAUGUGAGUCUCUUGAAGAAUCAUUAUAUACAUUUGCCACCUUGUACGUGUUUUGUGAAAACAAGGCUUUGGGUGCAUUCUGCUUCCCAGUGCAUAUCCAGCUUGCCUUACUGUGGAUGGAGAAGUCCAAUGUUACAGAUAAUUCCACAGCUGUGCAACCUAGGUAUUAAUGAACAUGCUGUUUGUGCACAACCAAUAUAAUGUUUCAAAAAUCUUGUUUCCAAAGAAGUUUGGAAUACCCACCACAAUAUCUGAGACUACAUUUUUAUCUGCAACUGAAUGCGCCUGCAAGCCCCAAGGAAAUCUGGAGGACUUGUAUAUGCGCAUCCGUGUUCAGUUCUGCAGCCUGAGUUUGUUUCUCAUAAACAUGCCUUUUUCCAAUGAUGAUAGGAGCGUUGUUUGCCUAGUCACGUUUGUGAUUAGUUAAAUCCAUUUUUAAUGCCGUUCCUCAUGGCUGAACUCUCACCUCACAAGCUGUUGAUAUUCCACUGUAAAAGCAAAAGCAACUUCAGAGCUUUACUGCUUGCACAUAGCUGACUAGUGCAGCACUAUACCUCUGACCCAAUUAAAAAACAUAAAUACAUAAAAUUAAAUUGCUUCUAGAUAACUGGGAUUGGCACAGCCCUGCUUUCUCAUUUUAAUUUCUAACUUAUGAAUGGUGCCGCAUGUUGACUUAGUUGUUUGUUGCUUAACUUUAUAUAAUGUGUGAUUUCAAUUCAGCUUGACCUAUUAUCUAACUCACUACAUGUAGCAGUGCAUUAUAUGUAAUGUUAGUAUUUCUGCUUGAAUCCUUGAUAUUGCAAUGGAAUUCCUACUUUAUUAAAUGUAUUUGAUAUGCUAGUUUACUGUGUAGAAUUUAACUUUUUUCUGGUUGUGCUCUUCCUUUUUACAAACCGCUAGACAAAGGUAGUUUCUGACAAUUACUGAUCUAUGUUUGUAUUGCCAAUGUACUUAGGGGGUAAUGUAAAAAUCAUUUUAACAAAAGGAAACACAGAUAUUUAAAAAAUUUAAUACUAACUAUAUGGGAAAAGGGUCCAUUGUGAAAACAUAGUUUAUCUUUGGAUUCAAUGUUUGUCUUUGGUUUUACAAAGUAGCUUGUAUUUUAAGUAUUUUCUACAUAAUAUGGUAAAAAUGUAGAACAAUUGCAAUGCAUCAAUAAAAAAGGGUUAAUUUUCUGUA